AAUGUCUCAGCAGAAUCCCAACUACAAUUGUUUUAAUCCCAACUACAAUUAACUUCCAAAGGCUGAUGAGUAUCAGAAAUUUGGCUUCAAGAUCUAAUAUAUUUAACUUAUAGCCCCUUUCAAGGCACAAAAAGUGAUGUUCUUUCAUAUCAUUAUGAUGGAAAACACAUCUUGGGUGCUUAAGAAAAAAAAACAAAAAACUGUUAGGUACUACAAUGGACAAGUAAAAAUCUUUCCUCUAGCAGAAUACAGAAAUCUGAAUUGCUUCAGAAAGCAUACACAAAAUUGACAAGAACCUUUUUGGGAGACUUUCAUAGAGUUAAACUAUUUACAAACCACAGCUUCAUCUACGUCAAUAUGCAACACUUUAAAACCACACAAAAAGGAAAGGAAAUUUUUAGUACAGCCAACGUUCGCGCAAUGAAGCUGCUACUGCUGAGGCCAGGCCAACAGCUCAUGCUUCUGUGAAGACCUGCAAGGAGCCCGCAGUGGCUCAGAGAGUAUCCCCCCAGAUUCUUCGGAUUUUUUUUUUUUUUUUUUUUUUUUUGAAGAGUCAUCCUUCCUUUCCCUCAAGAUGACAAACAGUUCUCUCUUCUGCCCAGUUUACACAGGUCUGGAGCCGUUCACAUAUUUUUUUUAUUUAGUUUUUCUUGUUGGAAUUAUCGGAAGUGGUUUUGCAACCUGGGCUUUCAUACAGAACAACACAAAUCACAGGUGUGUAAGCAUAUACUUAAUUAACUUGCUUACAGCUGAUUUCCUGCUCACUCUGGCAUUACCAGUGAAAAUCGUUGUUGACUUGGGUGUGGCACCCUGGAAGCUGAAGAUAUUUCACUGCCAAGUGACAGCCUGCCUCAUCUACAUUAAUAUGUACUUAUCAAUUAUCUUCUUAGCAUUUGUCAGUAUUGAUCGUUGUCUUCAGUUGACGUACAGCUCUAAGAUUUAUCGGAUACAAGAACCUGGAUUUGCCAAAAUGAUAUCGACCGUGGUGUGGCUAAUGGUCCUUCUUAUAAUGGUGCCCAACAUGAUAAUUCCCAUCAAAGACAUCGAGGAGAAGCCAAAUGUGGGAUGCAUGGAAUUCAAAAAGGAGUUUGGAAGAAACUGGCAUUUGCUGACCAAUUUCAUAUGUGUAGCAAUAUUUUUAAAUUUCUCAGCCAUCAUUUUAAUAUCUAACUGCCUUGUAAUUCGACAACUCUACAGAAACAAAGAUAAUGAAAAUUAUCUAUAUGUGAAAAGGGCCCUCAUCAACAUACUUUUAGUGACUACAGGCUACAUUAUAUGCUUUGUUCCGUAUCACAUUGUCCGAAUCCCAUACACCCUCAGCCAGACAGAAGUAAUAUCUGACUGCCCAACCAGGAUUUCACUCUUCAAAGCCAAAGAGGCCACGCUGCUCCUGGCAGUGUCGAACCUGUGUUUUGAUCCUAUCCUGUACUACCAUCUCUCAAAAGCAUUCCGCCUAAAAGUCACCAAGACUUUUGCUUCACAUAAGGAGACCAAGACUCCAAAAGAAAAAUCAAGUGGUGAGAGCAGUGCAUAAAAUAUGGGAUAUGUCAUGCUAUCACUUCCUGUCUCAGUGACAGUAAGUACUGGGAAAGAGAAAAGAUAGCCUAAGUAAAAGACAGCUACCAUAUGUGGCCUGCUUUACUCAGAAACUGUUUCUAAAUGUAAAUCGAGCAGCACCCUUGUGGUGCUUAAACCACGUUCAUACAAAAACAAAACAAAAAACCUAAAAAGUACUGCUGAACCAACACAACACCUUGCAUUAUCCUUGAAACCUAAAGAAGUUUUAUGACACAGACUCAGAGUCAUUCAUGAAGUAUCCAUUUGAAUAUUGGGAACUGACUUCUUGAUAGAAAUAUGCAAAAUGAUCUCCAUGUAAGAUGCCAGAAAGCCCUUUGGCAACACGAUUUAAAAC